AUGGCAGCACACAUUGCAGGUAAUCCUGCUGCUGGCUCGGCUGGUCGAAGCAACUCAAUCAAUCCAGCCAACCAGCUUGCCAACAUUGCAAAGUUGCUCGGAUCUCGCGUCAACUUGACUGUGGGCGACAAGCAAUCUCGAACUAUUUCGGGUAAGCUUUGGGCUUACGAUCCAAUCCUCGGCGUCGUCGGUCUAGAAUGCGAACCGAGUGCGCUGCCAUCACACCUCUCAAUGGCCCCUGCCGCUGCAGCCUCGGUGGCCCAAGCUUCUCAAACAUCUCGCAACCGCUAUGCACAGCCCACCAACGCAGUCGGUUUCACCAUCGUCAAGGUUUCGGAGAUCAAGAAGAUCGAAUUUGAGCAACCAUCCGAAUCCACCAAUGGCGCUACAGCCGCUGGCUCCAAGUCACAGGCUGAUGAUCUGACACCAAUCUACCCCGUCUCGCUCAAGGCGGCUCAGUUGCGAGAGGCGGAUGCCGUCAAGCAGAGCCUUACCAAGGUCGCACGCACCGGAAAGGAUGUCUCACAGCUCGGACAGCAAAUCUUCGACGCUCUAAGCAAGACCCUCCCUUGUCGAUGGCACGAGUCGCAUAUCAUCGUCAUGGAAGAGGUUGUCAUCUCUGGUCCAGGCUACGACCCUACUUCCACCAACGUUCCCGGCUACACACAAGAGCAACUUCAAUCCUUCAUCGACGGUACCAACAAAGGGCCUGUUCCAGACGGCGCUCAAUCUAAAGCAAACAGCUGGCAUCGCGUCACAAAGGUGUUGCAAGGAGAAAGACGCAAGAUGAACGCCUCAUAG